AUGCAAUGUGUCAAUAGUAAUUCUCACUUGUUUAACGUGUACGCCCCUUGGAAUGGCAUUGACAAACAGGUCUUAUGGGACUCUUUGACGACUCGUAUUCAGGGUCUACUAGGUAAGAAGGUGUGUGUCUGUGGUGACUUUAAUGCGGUAAGGUGCAGGGAAGAAAGACGUCCUGUGAGUACUUCUGGAGGUGUGGUGGAUUUUGGUCCGUUUAAUCAUUUUAUAGUUGAGAAUGCGUUGGUUGACCUUCCGUUGUGCGGUCGUAACUUCACUUGGUUUAGAGGGGAUGGAAAAUCGAUGAGUCGUAUUGAUAGGUUUCUUCUGUCUGAAGAUUGGUGCUUAGUGUGGCCGAAUUGUGUUCAAGUUGCGCAUUUGAGAGGCUUAUCUGACCACUCUCCUUUGCUUCUUUCGGUGGACGAAGAAAAUUGGGGUCCGCGGCCGUCUCGGUUCCUAAAUGUUGGUCAAACACACGGGCAAUCGAGGAAUCUUUGGCUCCGUGAAGGUGAUGCGAAUUCUAAAUUUUUUCAUUCUACUUUGUCCUCGCGUCGCCGUCGUAAUGCCAUUAAUUCAGUGUUGGUUGACGGAGUGAGAGUUGAAGGUGUUCAUCCUGUUAGAGAAGCGGUGUUCAAUCAUUUUGUGCAGCAUUUUAAGGCCCCAGAGGGAGUGAGGCCGAUCAUUUCUAAUCUUCAGUUCCGGACACUGUCAGUGGGAGAAGGAAGGAGCCUUAUCAAACCGUUUUCCAUGGACGAAGUUAAGGAGGCUAUUUGGGACUGUGAUAGCUUUAAAAGUCCAGGACCGGAUGAAGUCAAUUUUGGUUUUAUUAAAGAUUUCUGGCUUGAGUUGAAGGAUGAUGUGAUGAGGUUUGUUUCCGAGUUUCACAGAAAUGGUAAGUUGGCUAAAGGAAUCAACUCUACGUUCAUUGCGCUAAUUCCAAAGAUUGAGGUUGGCAUUCUCGAUGGCAUUCUUAUAGAAAAUGAGGUAGUUGACGAGGCUCGUAAAUUUAAAAAGGAGCUUAUGUUAUUCAAAGUGGAUUUUGAAAAAGCAUAUGACUCUGUUGAUUGGGGCUAUUUGGAUUCGGUUAUGAAAGAGAGGCCUCCGUCAAGGGAUCCCCUAUCCCCUUUUAUGUUUCUGAUUGCGGCUGAAGGUCUUAACAUCUUGAUGAAAGCAAUGGUGGAUAAUAAUUUAUACACAAGGUAUGCGGUUGGUACGGUAAAUCAGGUCGUGGUAUCUCAUCUUCAAUUUGCUGAUGACACUCUGUUAUUAGGAAACAAAAGUUGGGCUAAUGUGCGGGCCCUUCGAGCAGUUCUUGUUAUCUUUGAAUCUAUGUCCGGUGGGAAAGUGAAUUUCCAUAAAAGUCUGUUGGUGGGAUUAAAUAUCUCUGAUUCUUGGUUGAAUGAGGCAGCGACGGUGUUGAGUUGUAAAGUGGGAAAAAUUCCUUUCAUGUAUCUAGGCCUGCCCAUAGGUGGUAAUCCGCGGAAACUUCAGUUUUGGGAACCAAUCGUGAAUCGUAUUAAAUCUAGAUUGUCGGGAUGGAAUAACAGAUUUCUCUCUUUCGGUGGCCGCUUGAUCCUUCUCAAAUCAGUUCUGACCUCUUUGCCUGUCUAUGCUUUUUCCUUCUUUAAAGCUCCUUCAGGUUGGAAUACUGUGUGUUCUAAAAUGGAGCAUGGAGGUUUGGGGGUUAGGAAGUUGAAGGAGUUUAAUGUUGCUUUACUAGGUAAAUGGUGUUGGAGGUUGUUAGUUGAUAGAGAAGGGUUGUGGUAUCAUGUUUUAGUCGCCCGUUAUGGCGAAGUAGGUGGGAGGUUGGAGGUGGGGGGCCGAAGUGGUUCUUCGUGGUGGCGGGAGGUAGGUAGGAUUCGUGAUGGUGACAGUGACGUAGGUGGUGGGUGGUUUGGUGAUAGUGUUAGGCGGAGGGUGGGUGAUGGUGCAGCGACUCUGUUCUGGUCGCAUAGGUGGAUUGGCGGUUCCCCGCUCAGUGUGCGGUUUCCCCGCUUGUUUGACUUGUCUGAGAACAAAACCAUUACAGUGGCUACUUUGUUCUCUAUGGGUCUGGAGCAGGGUGGGGAGGGGUGGAGUUGGCGGCGUAGGUUGUGGGCGUGGGAGGAGGCUUUGCUAGAGGAGUGUAUGGCUCUACUAUUUGAUAUCUCUUUGGUUCCUAAUGUUUCAGAUAUAUGGGAGUGGCUAUCUGAUACUGCUGUGGGGUACUCCGUGAGAGGUGCCUAUGAUUUGUUAUCUGACGGUGAUGUUUCUCAUAUGGACAUACCUUUUGAGUUGGUUUGGUAUAAUCAAGUUCCUUUGAAGGUCUCAGUUUUUGCUUGGAGGCUUAUUCGGGAUCGACUACCUACGAAAGCUAACCUGGCUAUUCGUGGUGUUAUUCCUGCGGAUGAUAUCUUUUGUGUUUCAGGGUGUGGAGACGGCCGAUCAUUUAUUUUUAUCAUGUUCUACAUUUGCAUCUUUGUGGCAACUGGUGCGUGA